ACUUGUUUUCUAUUUUAUUGGUCUAUUUCCACGUUACGUUCGGAAAUAUGCAGUUACCAAUGAGCAACUCCCCCCUUUCAUCUCUUAAAAACACAAAAUUCUAUACCCAAAGUGAACUUGACUCCUUAGCAUAUCAUAUCAUUAAAACUACUUUGCCUCGCGUCGAAUCGGUGGGCUCUUGGACUUGCCCAAACGCACAUCAUUACCGUCAAGAUGGUCCUAAACCUCCAAAAAAUCUACCAACCCGAAAAUAAGACCUACAACAUCAUUGUACGUAAUCACCGGGACAAUGUAAUGGCCUUUUGCUGUCCUCACAACGCCGAAUAUAUCAACUUUGGACGCUGGCUCGGUCGAUGGGGAAAGUGCACGGAGCUCAAUAUUACCAACGUCUAUGGCCGCACGGCUUCCAUUCAAAUCGAGGACAGCGACUGGCAACUUAUCGUAUCAGGCAAUAUUCAAGGUGGACGAAAGGUGGUCGACGUUGGCGGGAGCAGAGACUUUGACAUCAGGUUCACUGCGAACGGACAUAUGGUAUUAGAAUGCUUGGGUGGCUAUAAUUGGGGAGCCGGCAUUGGGAAGAGCUUAGACUUUAUUGUGGUGCCAUUUCUGCAGUAAAUACCUAGCUUUUCUGAUGUCUGAAAUAGACUAGACCAUUAUCUCCAUGUUUAAAAUGUUUUGUUUGAAAGAAAAUAGAGGAUGCGGAUGAAGAAUUUGUUUAUUUUAUCAGACGGACG